ACCAAAACAAAAAAAAAAAAAAUAAUAUUUUGGUUUCAAGGGGAGGUGUAACGAUGGCUUUUUCUAAUUUAUAUUGUAGUUGCUCCCGUAAUUUAACAGUUGUCGUUUUUUUAACACUGUGGUUAAGUCAAGGAACAGAAGGUUCUAAGGCGGAGUAUGUAACAUGCGGCACUAUUUUGAAGCUAUUCAACACUGACUUGCGGCUGCGGUUACAUUCGCAUGAUGUGAAGUACGGCUCGGGCUCUGGCCAGCAAUCGGUUACGGCGGUGGACGUCGCUGAUGACCAUAACAGCCACUGGCUCGUCCGAGCUGCCGCUGGCGAACCAUGCAAACGAGGUGUGCCAAUCAAAUGCAAUACCAACAUCCGUCUCCAACAUGUGGGCACUAAGAAGAACCUGCACUCGCACUACUUCUCAUCGCCGCUAUCAGGGCACCAGGAGGUGUCAUGCUAUGGGGACGACGAUGGAGAAGGGGAUAGUGGAGACUAUUGGACUGUUGUCUGCAAUAAUGACUUCUGGAGGAGAGAUAGUCCAGUCAAAUUUAAACAUGUUGAUACUGGAGCAUUCUUAGCAGGGUCUGGGCGAACAUUUGGCCGACCAAUCAAUGGACAAGGAGAAAUAGUUGGUAUCACAUCUCAGUAUGGAGCCUACACCGACUGGCAAGCCAAAGAGGGUCUAUUUGUACAUCCCAGUGACCCCUUACCACAUCAACAUGCUAUCCACUCAGAACUCUAGCCAGUUAUAAUGUUAUGCUCCUGUGGUAGGGCCACCUUAGUUUGUCAAGUAUAAUACACACACACAGUAAACGUAGUAUACAGGAAAAUAUCUGCAUGGAGGCACAAGUUUCUGAAAAGCUAAGGGGGUUUUGUCACAGAGCAUCACACCUGUUAUAGGAUAAUUAUAGGAUUUUUUAAAUUAAUACCCAGUCUUUUUUAAGUUCUUAAUAGUGAGAAUAAUGUUAUGUUAUGAAUUUUAUGAUAUAAAUCUGGACAAAAAGUGCAAAUAAUUUCAACUGUGUUUAUAAUAAAGCUGUCACAAUUAAAAAAGUUCCUUUUUUGGUGUA